GUUCUGUGUGUGCGUCGAGCGCGGUGCAGUGUGCGGUAUAUUACUAUCGGAUUUUAGACAUUAUAAUGUUCUCAUCCCUUUUGGACGUAGCUCGGAACUCACCAUUCCGUGGGCCCCUCACUCCUGCACAAUGUGAACCAUCUUCACUUGCUGCACCACAAGCUGCACAGGUGUGUAAUAAUUCAAUAUGUUACGUUAUAGUCUUGCAAAUGGAUGCAAAGAUAUAGUAUUUAGGAACAAAAUGGUGGUAAUCUAGACAAAGUUGCUAAUAAGUAUAUUGCGUGGUUAUGUAAAUACUCAUAAAUUAUAAUUUAAUUGAUGUGUAAAUGAAACAUGAUCAUCAAUAUUUAAUACAGUAAGGAUGAUGAGUAUUAAAGAUUUUGUAAAUUGUUGUCUCCGCCAAUAUCAUGUGUUACUAUAUUUAACCUUUAAAAAGAUACUACUGUUUCAUUAAAGUAUAUAAAAGAUAUCAUAAAAAACAUAAUUUAAAAUUUAUUCUAUGAUCAGUAUAGACAAAGCAAACUUUUCCUUAAGCAAUCUUAGGAGGGAAUAUGAAGUGGCACAUCUCUAUAGACGCCCUGCCAGGCUGCCAUAAUUGGUAUAUGUGCAAAUGUCACGGAGAGCUAACUUAAGCCUAGCCAAGAUAGAACAUGUGGACUUGUACUGGAAGAAAUUGUCUACUAGGUAUUGUUGUAGAAUAAAUGUCUCAAACAUAUAAGACUGUAGAUUGUUAGCUAAAUAUAGGUAAAGGGUGGAGUUUUAAUUUUUAACCACCUUCAAAUAGGAGGAGGUACUCAAUUAGACUGUUAUUUUAUGGUUCGUUACCCAAAGGGUAACAGGACCCUAUUACUAAGCCUCUGCUGUCCGUCCGUCCGUCUUUGUCUGUCAGCAGGCUGUAUCUCAUGGUCUGUAACAGAUAGACAGUUGAAAUUUUCAUAGAAAGUGUAUUUCUGUUGCCGCUAGAACUACAAAAAAUUAAAAGGAGCUCCUCUACUAGAAAUGUGUAUUACGAUGGUACAGAAUUCUUCAGUUUUCCGUUUUUUAUGUGUGUUACCUCAUAACUUUUUUCUAGGUGAAUCAAUUUUGAUGAUUCUUUUUUUAUUUGAAAGCUGUUGCUUCUCAUGUGGUUCCAUAUAAAUUUGAUUAAGGUAUGACAUGUAGUUUUUGAGUUAUCCUUAAUAAUUUAUAUUGAAGUUGGUUGUACAAAAUUUUGAGUUUUUCCCCUUGUUAUUCUUAAUUAUCCAGAAUCUAUAUCAUCUACACUCCAACACUGCGUAAGGGUUGAGUAUUGGAGUGUAGAAUUUUCUACACUUACACAAUGUAUUUGUUUUUCCUUAACUUUUAGGGAUUAUUUGACAAAGUUUUCCAAGAUUUCAUGAGAAGCAGGCACAUGGUAAGAAGUAGAGUAAUAAAUUACCUUAUGCCACAAUCACACAGUAUUAUUUGUUUUAAGGGAAAACUGUUGUAGAAUCGUUGUGAUUUCAAAGUCGAUGAAACGGAAAAGCGACACUGAAAAGAGACAUAUAGGAUUUAGCCUGCACCUUCGGAGGUGGAAUAGAUGUUAUGUUCAAUAUGAUUGUUAGAUACGAUUUUAUGCGACAAAACGUUGGAAUCUUGAUUUUUAGGUGCUAGUAGAACAUACCUACACACUUUGCACUAGGCAUGCAUUAGGAUUUAGCCUGCGAGGGAAUGAGAUAGAAUUUUACUUUAUACAGUGUUUAUUAUAAUUUGUUUAUAUUUUGACCAAUUUGUGUUGAGUUUGUGUAUUAGGGAUGUGUAAUUAGCAAAGAUGUUAGUUAUGAUAUGGAUAUAGAAUGACGAGUGAAUGCAGGAAAUAGAGUAAAUGGGGCUCUAAACUCUAUAGUGAAAGGUUAGAAUGUGUCCAAAAAGGCAUGUAUGGCAAUUCACAAUGCUAUGUUAGUCCCUACUUUAAUGUAUGGUAGUAAAAGUUGGAUGUGGCAGAAGAAGCACGAGAGUAGAAUAAAUGCUGUAGAAAUGUGGUCAUUAUGCUAGGGCUGAAUCUGAAUGACAGGUUGAGAAAUUGUGUGAUAAGAGAAGAGUGUGGUUUGCAACACGAUGUUGUGACUAAAAUUAAGAAAAGAAAGGUUAGGUGGUUUGGUCAUGUAGAAAGAAUAAAUGAGGAAAGAGUGACAAAGCAAAUUUAUGUUGCAGAAGUGAACGAUAAAGUCGGGCAGGGACGCCCUAGGCGAAGUUUUAUCGACCAAAUUGGCGAUAUAUUGAAAAUGGGCCAAAUUAAGAGUACUUUUAACCGACGAGCGGGUAUGCGUAGGUAUAUGAAGGAGGUGAGAGAGAUGUGCCAGGAUCGUGCCAAAUGGAAGUCCGUAGUCUCUGCCUACCCCUCUGGUUGUUAUUGUAUGUAUAGAUAUUGAUUACUUAAACCCUACAAUUAUCCUACUCCUGAUAUUUAGCAUUUAUUUCCUCUCGAAGUUUAGUUUCCUGAAGGUUUCGCUUCUACAAACAAACACACAGUCCAUCUGAUGGUAAGUGGCCACUGCAGUCCAUGGACACCUUUCUUUUUUUAGGGUUCCGUACCUCAAAAGGAAAAAACGGACACCCUUAUAGGAUCACUUUGUUGUCCAUCAGUCUGUCUGUCAAGACCCUGUUUCUCAGGAACGCGUGGAAGUAUCAAGCUGGAAUUCAUAUCAAAUACUCAAGUCUACUGUCCCUUGGAGCUGUGAAAAAAUCCAAAAGAUACAGCCGUUUAUGCCGCAAAUUUUCGACAUUAGCAAGGGAAUCAAAUCCUACAGGCUACUUCCCGUAAACUCAGAAUCUUGAAAUUUGGUACGAUGCAACGUUUUAUAGCACAGAUAAAGGAAAAAUUGCGAAAAGCAUAAAUUUUUUGUUACAUCAUAUAAUAAAAAUAUUUUUAAUAAUUUUUUUUUAUAGGAUCGGGUGACAAACGAGCACACAGUCCACCUGAUGGUAAGUGGUUACUGUGACCCAUAGACAUCUACAUCUAUCCUCAAUAAAGACUCAAGAUGCAGAUGCGUUGUCACCCGUGAGGACUAAGAUGGAAUGCCUCUUUGCCAGUAAAAAGGGUCUCCGGUUCUCUACACUCACCAUAUGAAACACAGCAGCGUUAAGCUGCUAUUUUACGCUGGUUUUCUGUGAGAGCGUGGUCCUUCCCCGGUCGAGCCGACCCAUUCGUGCUACAACCAUAAUAUAGCUGCAGCAUGGCUCUACCACGUAGAAAAACUUAUAUACCUACGGAUUUGUUCGGAACCUUCGGUGCGCGAAUCCGACUCGCACUUGGCCGGUUUUUUACAUGGGGAAAUGCCUACGCAUACCCGCCUCGCGAGGGCAAUUACGGGUUAUGUUGUAUUCGCACCGACUAAAAUCGCAUGGUGUUUCACCUUCGUCGCAUAUUGACAGGGCCACUGGAACGCUAUCGCACACAUUCGCGACCUCAGAACACAUGGCGUGCCCUCCUCCGCGGCCUCCAACUUCACAUGCGCAUCGGACGCCCCCGUGUCCGAUGCAUGAAGGCCAUGGGGCCUGGAAAAAUGAGCACUCAGAAGCACUAGCCUUUCUGACCCCAGUGGCGGAUCUGGUCUGUGGCUCCGCCGCGAACCAAGAUUCGGCUGCGGAGGGUAGGAAGAGCAGGGCCUUGCAAUACUGAUACUCCUCUCCCACCGCAGCUCCACCAUCAAUUAACGGUGCAGCCUCGUCAGAGUCGCGGAGGAAAGGGCGAGUGGCGCAUCACCAUAACAACCACUCCUCUUCCUCCGCGACUCUACCUCAGCUGUAGCGGGAGAGGGCACCCCUUCCACCGCAGCCCACCAACACACAUCCGAAGUGGGCUCGCCAAGCCCACUCGGAGUGGCCACCUCGGGCCGGCCUACACCUCGAGUCAUCCAUGUGGGUUUCUCUUAGUUCACCGCGGGUGACCAAGCCACGGCUAUUUUUUUGCGCGGAACUAAUCGUUUUUCUAAAACAAAAGUAUCCUAAGUUACUCCUUAUAACAUCAGCUAUCUGACAGUGAAAGUCCUGUCAAAAUCGGUCCAGUCGUUUCAAAGAUUAGCUAGAACAAACAGACAGAC